AGCAAAAUGAUAGGGAAAUAAAAGGAGAUAUUAUGAAUCCUAUAAAGAAUUCUAACUCAAGUGAUUAAGAUCAUUUAUUCAUGUACUUGAUGUCUGAUGUUCGAUUCCUCACAUACAGUAGGACGAAUCAUACUAUCUAUCACCCACCACACCACACCCCAUAUCAAAACUUAAAACGGACUUAAUCACAGCAGGUAAACCCCAUCUCCAUGAAUUACAUGUGCUUUACUUCUCUACCCACCACUCUAUUUUCCUUCUAUUUGUGAGUCUCAUUUCCAGAAAAAAGUAGUCAAUUUUCCCAACAAAAAGGAAAUCAAACUUUCCAUUUUCAUGAUUUUGUUUUUGUCCAUGACAGCCCAACUCCUUUGAAUCUAUCCUAUAAACCUUCUGGACUUUGAAUCUAUCCUAUAAACCUUCUGGACUUUGGAAUCUCUCUCUCUCUCUGUCUCUCUUUCUCGGAGUUGCCAAGGCUUCUCACACUCUAAAAUUCCAAUUCUCUGUGCACAAAACAGAACCCACAAAAAUGAAGAUAACAAAAUCAUCCAUGUCCCCAUUUCUCUGUUUUUCUUUCUUCUUUGUGCUGCAGUUUCCUCUUAUUUCAUUUUCCAAAACCACACUUGCUGGUGCCAGGUUUCCAUCUUCACUCAUUACCCCUGAAAAGGUCUCUGCUUCUGCUCAAAACAAACUUUACAGAACCAAAUACUUCACCCAAAUACUUGACCAUUUCAAUUUCUACCCCAAAAGCUACCAAACUUUCCAGCAAAGGUAUUUGAUCAGUGAUACAUUCUGGGGAGGAGCCAAGAACAAUGCUCCAAUCUUUGUCUACACAGGGAAUGAAGGAAACAUAGAAUGGUUUGCACAAAACGUAGGUUUUCUCUAUGAGACAGCCCCCCAUUUCAAAGCCCUUGUAGUUUUCAUUGAGCAUAGGUUCUAUGGGAAGUCUAUACCUUAUGGGGGCAAGAAGAGCGUGGCUUAUAGCAAUGCAACUACACUUGGACAUCUGAGCUCAACACAGGCAUUGGCAGAUUAUGCUUCCUUAAUUACUGAUUUGAAGAAAAAUUUAUCAGCAACUGACUCUCCUGUGGUGGUCUUUGGAGGUUCCUAUGGAGGAAUGCUGGCAGCAUGGUUUAGGUUGAAGUAUCCUCACGUUACAAUCGGAGCCUUGGCAUCAUCUGCACCUCUUCUCAAUUUCGAGAAUAUAACGUCUCCAUAUAGCUUCCGUAACAUCGUCACUCAAGACUUUAAGAGUGUGAGUGAAAACUGUUACAAAGUGAUCAAGGGCUCAUGGGACCAGAUCGAAAACACAGCAAACCAACCUGGAGGGCUUGAGCUACUACGAAAAUCAUUUAAGUUAUGCAAAAAUAGCGUAGAGUAUCUUGAAGAUUGGCUUUCCACUGCAUACGCUUACACGGCAAUGACGGAUUAUCCUACUCCCUCAAAUUUCUUGAGUCCCUUGCCAGCAUUUCCAGUGAAAAAGAUGUGUGAGGCAAUAGAUGAUCCGGCGACUGAUCGAGCUAUAAUGCAAUUUGACUUGAAAUUUUUUGAUUUGGUGCAGGCUUGUACAGAGAUGAUAAUGCCAACCAGUGGAAGCAAUAAGGACAGCAUAUUCCCAGCUUCUGAUUGGGAUUACAAAGACCAAGCCUCGGUAUGCAAAAGCAGAUUUGGCAUUGAACCUAGGCCCCUUUGGGUCACCACUGAGUUCGGCGGCCAUGAUAUUGAGAGGGUUUUGAAAAGAUAUGGAAGCAAUAUUAUCUUCUUCAAUGGCUUAAGAGACCCUUGGAGUGGUGGAGGGGUGCUGAAGAAUAUAUCCAACAGCAUAGUAGCCAUUGUUGCAAAAGAAGGUGCUCACCAUGUAGAUUUGAUGUUCAAGAGCAGUGAGGAUCCAGAAUGGCUUAAAGAUGUGAGGAAACAAGAGAUCAAGAUCAUUGCAAAGUGGAUAUCCCAAUAUUACCAUGACCUUGCUCAACUCUUUUGAUCAUAUAUAUUCAGAUCCUACCACACAAUAAUUGUAUUUUUCCUUUUACCCCCAUUUGGAUUCAAAUAAAAAUACUAAGAAAUCAAAUUCUCACCAAAUCAAAA